GUGGGGAGAAGGGAUCCUGCAGGAUCAGGGGUCAAAGUGAGGGGGCUUCUCCCCUGCUGCACCCUCAUCCUAGGGUCGCUAACUUCCAGCUGCGGCGGCGACUUUCAGUUUCAUUUCCACGGACCCUCCUGCCUGGGCCGCAGCUGCCGCCGCGAUGCCCAGUAAGUUCAGCUGCCGGCAGCUCCGGGAGACGGGCCAGUGCUUCGAGAGUUUCCUGGUCGUUCAGGGACUGGACAUGGAGACAGAUCGCGAGCGGCUGCGGAACAUUUAUAAUCGGGACUUCAAGACCAGCUUUGGGACCCCCGCCCCUGGCUUCUCCUCCAUGCUGUAUGGAAUGAAGAUUGCAAAUCUGGCCUACGUCACCAAGACUCGGGUCAGGUUCUUCAGACUCGACCGCUGGGCUGACGAGGGGUUUCCAGAAAAGAGGAGAAUGACGCUGGGGUCAGAUAUCAGCAAACACCACAAGUCACUGCUAGCCAAGAUCUUUUAUGACAGGGCUGAGUAUCUUCACGGGAAACAUGGGGUGGACGUGGAAGUCCAGGGGCCCCAUGAAGCCCGAGAUGGGCAGCUCCUUAUCCGCCUGGAUUUGAACCGCAAGGAGGUGCUGAGCCUGAGGCUUCGGAAUGGAGGAACCCAGCCUGUCACCCUCACCCACCUCUUCCCACUCUGCCGGACCCCCCAGUUUGCCUUCUACGAUGGAGACCAGGAGCUGCCCUGCCCACUGGGCCCCGGUGAAUGCUAUGAGCUCCAUGUCCACUGUAAGACCAGCUUUGUGGGCUACUUCCCAGCCACGGUGCUCUGGGAGCUACUGGGACCCGGGGAACCAGGUUCAGAAGGAGCUGGCACUUUCUACAUUGCCCGCUUCCUGGCUGCCGUUGCCCACAGUCCCCUGGCAGCACAACUGAAGCCCACGACUCCCUUCAAGCGGACUCGGAUCCCUGGAAACCCUGUAGUGACCAACCGGAUAGAGGAAGGAGAGAGACCUGACCGUGCUAAGGGCUAUGACCUGGAGCUGAGUAUGGCACUAGGGACGUACUACCCACCCCCCCGCCUCCGGCAGCUGCUCCCCAUCCUUCUUCAGGGAACAAGUAUCUUCACUGCCCCAAAGGAGAUUGCUGAGAUCAAGGCCCAGCUGGAGACAGCCCUGAAGUGGAGGAACUACGAGGUGAAGCUCCGGCUGCUGCUGCACCUGGAGGAGCUGCAGAUGGAGCACGACAUCCGGCACUAUGACCUGGAGUCAGUGCCCAUGACCUGGGACCCCGCAGACCAGAACCCCAGGCUGCUCACACUGGAGGUUCCCGGGGUGACCGAAAGCCGCCCCUCAGUGCUACGAGGUGACCACCUGUUUGCCCUUUUGUCCUCCGAGACACACCAGGAGGACCCUGUCACCUACAAGGGCUUUGUACACAAGGUGGAAUUGGACCGUGUCAAGCUGAGCUUUUCCAUGAGCCUCCUGAGCCGCUUUGUGGAUGGGCUGACCUUCAAGGUGAACUUCACCUUUAACCGCCAGCCCCUGCGGGUGCAGCAUCGUGCCCUGGAGCUGACGGGGCGCUGGCCGCUGUGGCCCAUGCUCUUCCCCGUGGCCUCCCGUGGGGUCCCGCUGCUGCCCUCGGAUGUGAAGCUCAAGCUGUAUGACCGGAGUCUGGAGUCAAACCCCGAGCAGCUACAGGCCAUGAAGCACAUUGUUAUGGGCACCACCCGUCCAGCCCCCUACAUCAUCUUUGGGCCUCCAGGCACCGGCAAGACUGUCACCUUAGUGGAAGCCAUCAAGCAGGUGGUGAAGCACUUGCCUAAAGCCCACAUCCUGGCCUGCGCUCCGUCCAAUUCGGGGGCUGACCUCCUCUGUCAGCGGCUCCGGGUCCACCUGCCCAGCUCCAUCUACCGCCUCCUGGCCCCCAGCAGGGAUAUCCGCAUGGUGCCUGAGGACAUCAAGCCCUGCUGUAACUGGGAUGCGAGGAAGGGCGAUUACGUGUUUCCUGCCAAGAAGAAGCUGCAGGAAUAUCGUGUCUUAAUUACCACCCUCAUCACUGCCAGCAGGUUGGUCUCCGCCCAGUUUCCCAUUGAUCACUUCACACACAUCUUCAUCGAUGAAGCUGGCCACUCCAUGGAGCCCGAGAGUCUGGUGGCCAUAGCAGGGCUGAUGGAAGUCAAGGAAACAGAUAAUCCAGGAGGGCAGCUGGUGCUGGCAGGAGACCCUCGGCAGCUGGGGCCUGUGCUGCGUUCCCCACUGACCCAGAAGCAUGGGCUGGGGUACUCGCUGCUGGAGCGGCUGCUCACCUACAACACCUUGUACAAGAAGGGCCCCGACGGCUAUAACCCCCAGUUCAUAACCAAGCUGCUACGCAACUACAGGUCUCACCCCACCAUCCUGGACAUUCCUAACCGGCUCUAUUAUGAAGGGGAGCUGCAGGCCUGUGCUGAUGUUGUGGACCGAGAGCGCUUCUGCCGCUGGGAGGGUCUGCCUCGACAGGGCUUUCCCAUCAUCUUUCAUGGCGUAAUGGGCAAAGACGAGCGUGAGGGCAAUAGCCCGUCCUUCUUCAACCCCGAAGAGGCUGCCACUGUGACUUCCUACCUGAAGCUGCUCCUGGCCCCCUCCUCCAAGAAGGGCAAAGCCCGCCUGAGCCCCCGAAGUGUGGGCGUCAUCUCCCCAUACCGGAAGCAGGUGGAAAAAAUCCGUUAUUGCAUCACCAAACUUGACAAGGAGCUUCGGGGACUGGAUGACAUCAAGGACUUGAAGGUGGGCUCGGUGGAGGAGUUCCAAGGCCAAGAGCGCAGCGUCAUCCUCAUCUCCACCGUGCGGAGCAGCCAGAGCUUUGUGCAGCUGGAUCUGGACUUCAACCUGGGUUUCCUAAAGAACCCCAAGAGGUUCAACGUGGCUGUGACCCGGGCCAAGGCCUUGCUCAUCGUGGUGGGCAACCCGCUCCUUCUGGGCCAUGACCCCGACUGGAAAACAUUCCUGGAGUUCUGCAAAGACAACGGGGGGUAUACCGGGUGCCCCUUCCCUGCCAAACUGGACCUGCCACAGGGACAGAACUUACUCCAAGGUCUGAGCAAGCUCAGCCCCUCUACCUCAGGGCCCCAAAGUCACGACUACCUCCCCCAGGAGCGGGAGGGUGAAGGCGGCCUGUCCCUGCAAGUGGAGCCAGAGUGGAGGAAUGAGCUCUGAAGACACAGCAGCGGCCUUCUCACACCAGCCAAGCCUUAACCGCCCACCGACCCUGAACCAGAACCCAGCCAAGCUGCCCCUCCAAGGGACAGGAAGGCUGGGGGAGGGAGUUUACAACCCAAGCCAUUCCACCCCCUCCCCUGCUGGGGAGAAUGACACAUCAAGCUGCUAACAAUUGGGGGAAGGGGGAGGAAGAAAAACUCUGUAAACAAAAUCUUGUUCUAUGCAAAAGCC